AACCCCCACUCCCUCCCUUCUUUCCUCUCCCUCCAAAAAUGGCGGACGUGAAGAAAUCCAAGACUCCUAAGGAGUUCCUGACUGAUUUCAUGAUGGGUGGUGUGUCUGCGGCUGUUGCCAAGACCUCCGCUGCGCCCAUUGAGCGUAUCAAGCUCCUUGUCCAGAACCAGGAUGAGAUGAUCAAGCAAGGUCGUCUCGCGGAGCCCUACAAGGGCAUCUCCGACUGCUUCGUCCGCACCUACAAGGACGAGGGCCUGAUCUCCCUCUGGAGAGGAAACACUGCCAACGUCAUCCGGUACUUCCCCACCCAGGCCUUGAACUUUGCCUUCAAGGACUACUUCAAGUCCCUCUUCGGCUUCAAGAAGUCGGAAGGCUACUGGAGGUGGUUUGCUGGCAACGUUGCCUCUGGUGGUGCCGCUGGUGCAUCAUCGCUGCUCUUCGUGUACUCGCUCGACUAUGCCCGUACUCGUCUCGCAAAUGACGCCAAGUCGGCGAAGGGUGGAGGAGCUCGCCAGUUCAACGGCCUCGUCGAUGUCUACAAGAAGACCCUUGCUUCCGACGGUAUCGCUGGUUUGUACCGUGGCUUCGUGCCCUCCGUCGUCGGUAUCAUCGUCUACCGUGGCCUCUACUUCGGUGUCUACGACUCGCUCAAGCCCGUGGUUCUCGUCGGUGCUCUUGAGGGCUCGUUCUUGGUCUCCUUCUUGCUCGGCUGGGGUGUCACGAUCGGCGCUGGUCUCGCUUCGUACCCUCUUGACACUAUCCGUCGUCGUAUGAUGAUGACCUCUGGUGGCACUCAGCACUACAAGAGCAUGUUCGAUGCUGGCUCUCAGAUCAUCGCCAAAGAGGGUUCGAAGUCGCUUUUCAAGGGUGCAGGUGCCAACAUUCUUCGUGGCGUUGCUGGCGCCGGUGUGCUUUCGCUCUACGACAAGCUCCAGCAGGUGAUGUUCGGCAAGGUCUACUCCGGUGGAUCUGGCUAAAUGCACUUGGAGUUCGUGAGCUAGUGGUACUGGUCCCAGGAUGUAGUUUCUUAUCCUUUAUAAUUGGCGUUUUACGAACAAUAGACCUGCUGGUUAUCCUUAACAUGCGGCGUGCUGUUGCGUAGGAUUAUCGUCGAUGACUAUUGGUAUAUAUCGCGGUAUAGAGCACAAUUCUGAACUGAGGAGCCAAGGAUCUCCAUGAACUUGAC